AAUUAGAAGAGAACUUCUGGUUUAUGAAAUCUAGGACUGAUUGGAUUGUAGAUGGGGAUAGAAACACUCGCUUCCUUCAUCCUUCUAUUCUUCGGACUUCUUCUCUAAUCUUUUCAUCUUCUCAUGGUCACUCCUACUGUGAUUCCUUUUUGGAUUUGAUUUUGGAUCUUCAUGAUGGAAUUAACCUUGACUGGCUUGGAGGUAUCCCCUCUGAAGCUGAGAUCCUUAAAGUUGUCCAGUCUAUGAAACCCUUCAAAGCACUUGGUCCUGAUGGGUGUCUUCUUGAAAAGUGGAAUGAAUGCCUCCUUGUCCUCAUACCCAAGGUUAAAUCUCCAGAAACUAUCCAGCAAUUAUGUCCUAUUGGGUUGUGCAAUACUCUAUACAAAGUUAUUUCCAAAAUUCUGGGACUUGGAAUUAAACCUUGGAUGGAUCAUCUUAUAUCCCCAUGCCAAUCUAGUUUUAUCCCUGGGAGGCAAGGCACGGAUAAUAUUCUUAUCUUACAGGAAUUAGUUUAUUCUUUUGGUAAGAAAACUGGGAAAAUUGGAGAUAUGGUUGUCAAACUCGAUCUUGAGAAGGCUUAUGACAAACUCAAAUCAGGGGAGCAAGUUAAUGCUGCCAAAUCUAGAAUUUUCUUCUCUAAGAACAUUGAUCAAGAUACUAGGAAUUCUCUUUGUUCUAUUCUUAGUUAUGCUGAAACUGACUCCCUUGGCACUUACCUUGGUGUUCCAAUCUCCCCAAAAAAGCUUACCAAGAGUAAAUGCCAAUUUCUCAUUGAUAAAGUGAGGGCUAAGCUUACUGGCUGGAAAUCUAAGUUCCUCUCCUUUGCUGGUUGUGUUACACUGGCUUUUUCAGGGUUUGAUGUUGAGCACAGAACAAUUCACCUUGUAAAUUGGCAUACUGUGACUCAACCAAAGGCUAUGGGAGGCCUCGACCUCAAAAGCUCCAAGGAAGCAAACCUCAUUGCCAUGUGUAAAAUUAAUUGGCGCCUAUUCACUAAGAAGGAUAAGCUGUGGUGUGACAUGUUUUGCAAGAAAUAUAGGAUCUCAGACUAUCAUAACGCCCUUUCCCAAUUUGGGUCACCUAUUUGGAAAUCUAUUUCUGAAGGUUUUGAUCUUUUUAAAGCUGGUGUCAAGUGGAUCCCUCAUAAUGGCCAGAAUGUUAAGUUCUGGACCGAUUGUUGGAUUGGGGAUCACCCCCUCUCCUUGUUAUUUUUUGGUCCUCAUCUUACUAAGCACGCUACAGCUGGUGGCUUAUUUUGUGACUCUAAGGGUAAUUGGGUUAUGGGAUUUGUGAGUCAAAUUGGCAUUUCUAAUAGUUUAGCUGCUGAACUUUGGGCUCUUAGGGAUGAUCUCCAUUUUGCUGUGGCUAAUUGUUUCACUCACUUGAAGACAGAGUAUAACUCUAGUAUUGCCUCCCAGCUUAUUUCUGGUGCUCCCUCCCCUAAGCACUCUCUGUCUUCUCUUGUUAUGGAUUGCAGGGAAUUGACGCAGCAACUCCUUUAUAUCGAUAUUAAUCAUAUCGUCCAUCAAUCCAACAUGGUAGUUGAUGCAAUGGCUAGGCUGGGACACGAUCUUCUUCAAGAUUUUUUUAUUUUCUCUCACUGUCCCUAUGCUAUCAAACUGUUUUGUAUUUUGGAUAUUAUGGGGUUUGAAUUCCCUAGACAUUAGUUGUAUGUUGUUUUUCAUUUUUAAUGCAUCUCUUAUUUUACCAAAAAAAAAAAAAGAAAAGAAAGAAAACUAAACCCUCAGCAGCGUUCACACCUUUUAGGACAAUAAAUACUUACUUUGAAU